AUUAAAAAAAUGAUCUGUUAUCUUCGUAAAAAAAUUAUCGACAAUUUUUUUCCACUCGUUCGUUUUUCAAACCUCACCUUGUGAGGUGUUUUAUGUUUAUAUAAAAAAAAAUGUAUUUAAAAAGUACAUGUAUUUAUUUCGCGUUAGUAGCUAAUUUGAUUAUUUGUAUCCGAGCAGAAGAAAAUGUUGCCCAAAAAGUACGCCAUGUUACCAAAAAAGAAAAGAGUCAAGAAAAAGCUCAGCCGAAAGUCUUCAAAAAGAUGGUAGAUAUGGGAAUAGUACCUCAUGUCAUUCCAAAAUUACCAACUACGAUAUUACACGUAACCUAUCCUUUGGUAUUUUUAAAAUUUCGAGUACAAGAAGGAGAUGGUGAGACCUUUCACGAAUAUGCUACAAAAAAACAACCGUCAGUUGAAUGGGAAUGUAGCCCUUUGCUGUAUUAUACAUUUUUCAUGACUCAUAUCAACGUGACGAAUUAUACAAAGCCUUUUGACAAUUUUGAAUACUAUGAUCCUAGACCUGGUCGAUUAAUUGGAGCGAAACAAUACCAUAAUUGGUUAUAUUACAAUAUUCCAGGAUGUGAUUUUUACAAGGGAGAAGAACUGUUCCAUUACAUCGCCCCAAAACCGAUGGAAAACAACGAGCACCGUAUUUACCUGCUUUUAAUGUUCAAACAAAAAAGAAAAUUUUCGAUUACUUUAGAAGAACGUAAACGAUUUCGAUUAUUCCCUGAUUGGAAAUUCCAUAAUUCGCACCGUUGGGAAUUUCCUAUUGAGGAGUUUAUGGACAAGUACGAUUUAGGAGAAUUAAUAGCUGGUAAUUUCUUCCGUCAACAAGGUGAUGGUCAACCGAAACUUUUCUAAAUUGAGAAGAGGUUGCAAAUCGUUUGCAUAUUUAAUUAAGAAUAUGAAAAUGUACAUACAAUCAAUCUAUUAUUACUAAGUUUUAAUUUAAAUUGAAUACGCUUGCAAUAAUAUUUUUAAGUCAUUUUUUAUUAUUUUAAUACGAUGUUUUUGAGAUUAGAUGGUAAGUUAGGGAACCUUACUCUUGUUUUUUAAAAAAAUAAAAUAAAUCAUGUCUUUAAUACUC